AUGGGGCUCCCCGCGCUGCUCGCCAGCGCGCUGUGCACCUUCGUGCUCCCGCUGUUGCUCUUCCUGGCCGCGCUCAAGCUCUGGGAGCUGUACUGCGUGAGCAGCCGCGACCGCACGUGCGCCCUCCCCCUGCCCCCCGGGACCAUGGGCUUCCCCUUCUUCGGGGAAACACUGCAGAUGGUGCUGCAGAGGAGGAAGUUCCUGCAGAUGAAGCGCAGGAAAUACGGCUUCAUCUACAAGACGCAUCUGUUUGGGCGGCCCACGGUGCGCGUGAUGGGCGCCGACAAUGUGCGGCGCAUUUUGCUCGGGGAGCAUCGGCUGGUGUCGGUCCACUGGCCCGUGUCGGUGCGCACCAUCUUGGGUUCUGGCUGCCUCUCCAACCUGCACGACUCCUCGCACAAGCAGCGCAAAAAGGUGAUCAUGCGGGCUUUCAGCCGCGAGGCGCUCCAGUGCUACGUGCCGGUGAUCGCCGAAGAAGUCGGAAGCUGCUUGGAGCGCUGGCUGAGCAGCGGCGAGGGCGGCCUCCUGGUCUAUCCGGAGGUGAAGCGGCUCAUGUUCCGCAUCGCGAUGCGCAUUCUGCUGGGCUGCGAGCCGCCUCUGGCCAGCGGCGCGGAGGCCGAGCAGGAGCUGGUGGAGGCCUUUGAGGAGAUGAUCCGCAACCUCUUCUCGCUGCCCAUCGACGUGCCCUUCAGCGGACUGUACCGGGGCAUGAAGGCGCGGAACCUGAUCCACGCGCGCAUCGAGGAGAACAUUCGCACCAAGAUCUGCCGGCUGCGGGCCGUGGAGGAGGGCGGGGGCUGCAAAGACGCGCUGCAGCUGCUGAUCGAACACUCCUGGGAGAAGGGGGAGCGGCUGGACAUGCAGGCUCUAAAGCAGUCUUCAACCGAACUCCUUUUUGGAGGGCACGAAACCACGGCCAGUGCCGCCACGUCUCUGAUCACUUACCUGGGACUCUACCCCCACGUCCUCCAGAAGGUGCGAGAGGAACUCAAGAGCCAGGGCUUACUUUCCAAGAGCCACCGGGACACCAAGUUGGACAUGGCAAUGUUGGAACAGCUUAAAUACACUGGGUGUGUGAUUAAGGAGACCCUCCGACUGAAUCCCCCAGUUCCAGGAGGCUUUCGGGUAGCUCUGAAGACUUUUGAAUUGAAUGGAUACCAGAUUCCCAAGGGCUGGAAUGUCAUCUAUAGCAUUUGCGACACUCAUGAUGUGGCAGACAUAUUCACCAACAAGGAGGAAUUCAAUCCCGACCGAUUCAUGGUGCCUCACCCCGAAGAUGCAGCCCGGUUCAGCUUCAUUCCAUUUGGAGGAGGCCUUAGAAGCUGUGUAGGCAAAGAGUUUGCAAAAAUUCUUCUUAAAAUAUUUACAGUGGAGCUGGCCAGGCAUUGUGACUGGCGGCUUCUAAAUGGACCUCCUACCAUGAAAACCAGUCCCACCGUGUACCCUGUGGACAAUCUCCCUGCAAGAUUCACCCGUUUCCAGGGUGAAAUCUGAUCAGUGUCAAUGCCCAAACCUCAGAUUUACUGGAAGUAUACAUAGGAGUUUUUUUAUAUAGUGUCCUCAACUGGUUGUAUUGUAUUUAAUUCUGAAAUGUAUAUUAUAAUAUUUAUGUCUCUAGUUCUACCAUCUUCAAAUAUUAAAAGAAUGGAUUUGUAUAAUUUCCAAAUAAAGUACAUUGCUAAGGCACUUCUUGUGCCUUUAAGACA